CGCCGCCAAGCUCGUGCGCGCCUCCGCCGAGCUCGGCCUCUUGCCCCACGCGCGCGCCGUCGCCUCCGCCGUCCGCCACCCCAACGCCUUCGUAUGGACGGCCCUGAUCCGCGCCCACGCCCAAUCCGAUUCCCCGCAUUCUUGCAGAGAAGCCCUUCUUCUUUACACGCGCAUGCUCAGAGGCCCCCAAACUUGUCGACCCCUCGCGUUCACACUAUCCGCGGUUUUGAAGGCGCUAGCUCGGUUAACGGCGUUAAACGAAGGGGCCCAGAUUCAUUCCCAUGUUUUUAAGUUUGGGUUUCAUGUCGAUCCUCGCGUGCUCACCGCAUUGCUGGGUUUCUACGCGAAGUGCGGCCGAAUAGUCGAUGCGCGUAAGCUGUUUGAUGAAAUGGCCGAGAGAGGAGUCGGUGAUGUGCAGGUUUGGAAUACUAUGGUCGCGGGAUAUGCCGCUGAUGGGGACGUGGACAGCGCCUCGUCCUUGUUCGAGAGAAUGCCUGAGAGGAAUACUAUCACUUGGGUCGAGAUGAUCGGCGGGUAUGCCGCGUUGGGUAAGAUGGAUGCCACUCGUCGGCUUUUUGAAAUGUGUAAAGAGAAUGGCGAGGCCGAUAGGGUAGUUUGUACUGCUAUGAUUAGUAACUAUGCCAAGUGCGGUGACGUAGCCGCCGCUCGAACAGUGUUUGAUGAAAUGAAUGAGAGGGAUGUCGCGUCGUGGAAUGCGAUGAUCUCUGCGUAUUCGAAUGCAGGUUCCGCUGGUGAGGCUUUGGAUCUCUUCAAGCUCAUGCUAAGCGGCCAUGGAGGAGGCAAAGUGGAGCCGAACCAUUCGACGAUUGCGACCGUUGUUUCUGUUUGUGCACAAUUCGGGUCUCCCAAUUUGGCCAAUUGGAUUCAAGGCUACGUCGACCGAUGUGGGAGCAGACUAUUGAACAAUCACACUGUGGCCGCCCUCAUCGAUCUGCAUUCAAAGUGCGGAGAUCUUGAGAGAGCAUACGACUUGUUCUCUAAGUGGAAGCACAAGGACUUGAUUUGUUAUAGCUCUAUGAUAGCCGGGUUCGGCAUCCACGGUUGCGGAAUGGACGCAAUUAAGGUGUUUGAUAGCUUGUUGAAGUCGGGAUUGAGGCCCGAUUCGAUCUGUUUUGUCUCGGUCCUCACAGCUUGUAGCCACGCUGGUAUGCUAGCCGAGGGGCGCCGGUACUUUCAAAUUAUGAAGGAUGAAUACUGCAUAGCUCCGAAUGUGGAGCACUACAUGUGUUUCGCCGACUUGCUAGGUCGAGCAGGAUGCAUUGAUGAGGCUUAUAGAUUGAUCACCAAUGAGAUGCCGCUGGGUGUUCGACCGAAUGCCGGUGUGUGGGGUGCACUGUUGAGUGCAUGUAGGACUUAUUCCAAUGUUGAGGUGGCGGAGGAGGCCGCGAGGCAUUUAAUGGAGUUGGAGCCGGAGAAUGCGGGGAACUAUGUGCUCUUGUCGAAUAUAUACGCAAAGGCACGGAGGUGGGAUGAGGCGGCGCGGGUGCGGGCGAGGAUGAGGGGGCGGGGGAUGAGGAAGCCACCGGGUUGGAGCUGGGCGGAGGUGGGAGGUGGUGAGGCGAGGAAGUUCUUGACGGAGGAGGUGUAUGAUGGAAGAGUGGAAAUGAUGCUACAAUUGUUGGAUUGGGAGCUCAGGGAUCAGGGAUAUGUUCCAACAAUUGAGAAGUUUGAGUGAUAUAUUCUUUUCCGACGAAUUCUUUCAUUGAAUUUAUUGUCGUUCCAGACUUAACGGUGGCAACUAAACUCGAGGGAUAGGAAUGCAACCGAAGAAGGCAAAAGUUGAAGUCAUCUUUCCAUCGUGUUCGCAGAGUCUUCUUCGACUGCUAGUAUAGUUAGUAGGAAAACUCUGCCUCCCUGAAAAAUGAUUCCCGGUUUAGGGAUGAUCCCCAGCUUGAAGCCUCUGCGGAUUAAUGAAGUCAUCAUCUUGUUGGUUUGAUUUUCUUCAUUGGCCUCAUGAAUCAUCCCUUUCUCUUCGCACUUCAUUCGCACCUUCCUGCCAAUUAACAAUUACGGCAGAUGCAAGUUUGUAGCAUUGUUUAUAAGUUUGUUUGUAAGCAAGUGCAGUGUCACUCUCUACGAGUUCUUACAGUAAA